ACCCCUAGGCAGUCUUGUGAACAUACUAACAACUCUUCAAAGGACAUAAAUACCCCCGCCUCCUUUCUGCAUUUUCUCUAUAUGACCCUUCAUCCUCUUCUCUUCUCUUCUCUUCUCUUCUCUCUGUUGUGUGUGCGCCUUUGAUUUCUCUUCCGAUUCAGUGUUCAAAAUCAGCAACCACUCUCUUUGCUUUCAUGCUGCGCUAAAUUCCUUAAUCCUACUCUCACUUGCUUCUCGAACCUUCCAAACAUGGAACGCAUCGUUGGCGCCAAGUUCAAGCUCGGUCGCAAGAUCGGAAGUGGAUCCUUCGGCGAAAUCUACCUCGCUACGCAUAUUGAUACCUUCGAGAUCGUUGCCGUCAAGAUCGAGAACAGUAAAACAAAGCAUCCGCAACUGCUUUAUGAGGCAAAGCUCUACUAUAUUCUUCAAGGAGGAAGUGGCAUUCCGAGCAUAAAAUGGUCUGGCGUGGACGGGGAGGAUAACGUGCUUGUUCUUGACUUGCUUGGGCCGAGUCUUGAGGAUCUUUUUGUGUAUUGUGGAAGGAAGUUUUCAUUGAAGACUGUAUUAAUGUUGGCUGAUCAAAUGAUAACUAGAAUAGAAUAUGUGCAUUCUAAAGGAUUUUUACAUAGGGAUAUUAAGCCCGAUAACUUUCUCAUGGGACUUGGUCGUAAGGCCAACCAGGUUUACAUAAUUGAUUUUGGGCUUGCUAAACGAUAUCGGGAUUCCACAACCAAUCGCCACAUCCCUUACAGGGAGAACAAAAACUUAACGGGGACUGCACGUUAUGCAAGUUGCAAUACUCACCUUGGAAUUGAGCAAAGUCGACGGGAUGAUUUGGAAUCACUAGGAUAUGUACUUCUGUACUUCCUCAGAGGAAGCCUUCCUUGGCAGGGUUUAAAGGCUGCUACAAAGAAACAAAAGUAUGAUAAAAUAUGUCAGAAGAAAUUAUCAACUCCUAUUGAGGUACUAUGCAAAUCACAUCCAGUAGAGUUUGCUUCGUACUUCCAUUACUGCCACUCUUUGACAUUUGAUCAGCGACCAGAUUAUGGAUUCUUGAAGCGCCUCUUUAGGGACUUAUUUGCUCGAGAAGGUUAUGAAUUUGAUUUUGUUUUUGAUUGGACCAUUUUAAAGUACCAGCAAUCACAAAAGAAUAUAGUGCAACCUCCCUUAUCUCCAGUUCCAGGAGCAAGUAACAGUCGUGCAAUGCCAAUGGAUAUUGACAACCAUCAAGGGCAUGUUAAAGAGCGCUUUGGAACAGGCGAUGCUACUGGUUCUGGUGUUAAAAUUCAGUUUAAAUCACCAGUCAGUAGAAAUUUAAGUUCUGAGAAUCCACUUGACAAAAAUAUUUUUGGUGAAGCAAAUAUGCCCUCUACUUCAUAUUCCCCUGCUGGUGCUUCAAAAAGGAACUCCUUGAAGCCAGCCUUCUCUGCUGAAGCCUCCAACUCUGGACAUGGGCAAGGCAGUAAAAUUGGACCAUCAAGUAGCUGGAUGUCAUCUCUGCAGCGCAUGCCUUCUGCCAAAUGAAUGCCAAAUAUGUCAUGAACCUAUGGAGAAGAUUCCUUGUAUCUUUUCCCCAAGUGUUUGGUCAAGAAUAUUGAAGUGCCCAAUUCACAGAGAUUGCAAAUGUGCUAUAAAAUUGAUGGAUUGCAUAGCUCCUAUUUUGAGGCCCUUUAGUGUUGCUUCUUCUUUCCUGAGGUGACUACAAACAAUUGUGUGGUAUAAAAUACAGACUUCUCAGGCUUGGCUCCUGUGCUGUACAUAGAUGUCAAAUACGGCAUACUGCAAUCUUGUGUAUUCAUGUAACGAUAAUGUGUGAAGUAGCCCCGAUACCCCAAUAUGCUACUUGAUGAUAAUUAACCCUGUGCCAUACAAUAAGUGGCAAUACAAUUUAGUUUAAAACUUUAAAUUGUUUGUCAAUAUUAUAAAUUGCAAAUGUAUUUUCAGUUUCUUUUAUGUAGAUAUCUUUGAUCACAGUUUUUGAUAUUCUUUGUUUCUCAUUUAUUUUUACCUUGUUAUAUUCGCUGUCUAUAAAAAAGACAGUAAAUUUACAUUUUUAUUGCCAACAUAACAUGUUUAGAUGAAAUGAUUUACCUUUCAUGAUGGUUAGUUGCACUUUCUUGUUAUUCACCAGGUUAUCAACAGUAUAAAUUAUUCUGAUACAGAAGCAAACAUUAUGGCUGAAAGUUCACUGAAAUAAUGAUCUCUUAUGAGUUUUCAAACGUAGUUCUUGGUGGCAUGCCAUCCAUUUUAAACUUGCAUGAUUAUGUGUUGGUGUGUUAAAUGGGGGAUGUGGCAACUUAGUUAUCAAGGUUUGUGUGGUUAAAAGAUUGGUGUGGCAUAGCAGUUGAUAUAAUUAUAAGUAGUUGGAAUGAUCGGAUAUUUCCUGUGUCAGUUUGUCUUUGAUUUUUGUCAACAUUUUAUGGCUUCAUUUUCUUUUGAUAAUACAACUGUGAUGGUCAAGAAGCACUUCUAUACUUGUUGGUAGUGCAAAUUUGACGCUUGCCCAGGUUAAUUUGUACCAUCAUUCUUGAGAAGUUGGGAUGAAAGUGUACAAUCUAGUUUUAUUUCAUGUUCCUGUGGUUACUGGUAAAUGAAUUUAACCCUGCAAAUGGGAUGUACUCAAUUAUCAGCUCAUACUUUUUACUUUUGCAGGAUUUAUUUUUCCCAUCAAUAUUGUCUGAAGGAUGAAAUAUGACAGACUUCACUUCAUGAUGUUGCUACUUCUGAUGAAUAAUUCAGCGUAACCACACACUGGGUCUGGGUGAGAAUGCAUUAAGGAAAUAUGGAUACUGCCAUACCAGUAUCACUGAGCUUGAGUCAAUGUGAAUUCACUAGUUAUUGAAAGUAGUCAUUGACAUCUACAAGAGAAAAGGGAGCUACCAAGAAUAGUGCUUCAACUUAAGAAUCUUGAAUCCUCGUGCUGACCUAAAUAUGUAAUCAUUUAGAUUUAAUCUGCUGCUACAGCUGACAAGUGAUAGAAGAAUCGAUCUGUUUUUACUUAAGUGUUUAGUGCAUGCAAAGUGUCACCUACGAGUAAAGUUUGUAAAGCUUUUUGUGCUAAUAUAGGUUUUCUGUUUUUGAUUGUCGAGCCAAAACAUUGAAUUGUCUUUUUGUGAACUUCAAUUUGAAGGUCCCACGAUACCAUAUCCUUGUAUAGGUGACAGGUUAUUUCACGAUCCUCAAGUGUUUUAAAACUUGUAAAAAUAAGUUCAAGUUCGAUGAGCUUGGAUUUUGUGAUCAAUUUUGUGUAAGAGGAAAGAUUUACAUGUUGCAUUUCCGUUGCUAUAUAUCUGUUUUCUUUGAUUCUAUGAUCAAAAUUUUAAAAGUCAAUAGACAU